AUGGCAGAUCCCAUCCGCUGGGCCCGAUACCGUUGGCAGCGACUGGUGUCUACAGAGGGCAGAGAAGGUAGCAGCAGCAGCAAUUCAAGUAACAAGUGCUAUCAAUCAUCAAAAAUCAUUGGCAAACAUAGGAUAGUGAUACCCUGUUUGGGACAUUUUAAAGAAGAGUAUGAAAAAGUAUCAAAACUGUACAUGAACAACAAAAUACGAACUACUAAGUAUACUUUAUUGAAUUUUUUACCACGGAAUUUGUUUGAACAAUUUCACAGAGUUGCCAAUUUGUAUUUCCUAUUUCUAGUUGUCCUAAAUUGGGUUCCUCUGGUGGAAGCCUUCCAAAAAGAAAUUACAAUGCUACCUCUAAUAGCAGUUCUGACAAUUAUUGCAGUGAAGGAUGGACUGGAGGAUUACUCCAAGUACAAAAUGGAUAAACAGAUAAACAACUUACUGACCAAAGUAUAUAGCAGGAAGGAGAAGAAAUACAUAGAUGAAUGCUGGAAAAAUAUCAAUGUUGGGGACUUCAUCCGUCUUUCACGUAAUGAACUUGACAUGGUGCUGUUAUAUUCUAGUGACCUGGAUGGCAUCUGUUACAUUGAAACAGCAGGCCUUGAUGGAGAAACCAAUCUAAAGCAGAGGCAGGUGGUGAAAGGAUAUUCAGAGCAGGUCUCUGAAAUAGAUCCAGAACAUUUUUCCAGUAGAAUAGAGUGUGAAAGUCCGAACAAUGACCUCAGUCGCUUCCGAGGCUUUGUUGAGCAUUCAAACAAAGGUCGAGUGGGCCUCAGCAAGGAGAACUUGCUGCUCCGAGGAUGCACAGUGAGAAACACAGAAGCUGUUGUGGGCAUAGUGGUAUAUGCAGGUCAUGAAACCAAAGCUAUGCUGAAUAAUAGUGGCCCUCAUUACAAGCGCAGUAAAUUGGAAAGAAAAGUGAACACUGAUAUUCUUUGGUGUGUUCUGCUUCUAAUUUUGAUGUGUUUGACUGGUGCAAUAGGCCAUGGAAUUUGGUUAAGUAGGUAUUCAGAAAUACCUUUUUUUAACAUGCCUGAACCGGUUGGGAAAUUGCUUCCUCCAGCAUUAGCAGGGUUCAAUAUUUUCUGGACGAUGAUCAUUUUAUUACAGGUCUUGAUCCCAGUUUCGCUCUAUGUUUCAAUUGAAAUUGUCAAAUUGGGACAAAUUUAUUUAAUCCAGAAUGACAUUGAUUUUUACCAUGAGAAAACAGACUCAACAAUUCAGUGUCGAGCUCUGAAUAUUGCCGAAGAUCUUGGCCAGAUUCAGUAUAUCUUCUCUGACAAGACUGGAACCCUCACUGAAAAUAAGAUGGUUUUUCGGAGAUGCAGCAUUGCAGGACAGGAGUAUUGCCAUAAAGAAAAUGCAAAAAGGUUGGAAUCUUAUCAAGAGAUGGAUUCGGAGGAUGAAGAUACAGCUGGUGGUCAGUGUCACUCUUCAGCCCAUGUAUCAGAAUGGCAGGGGCACGACUGCAGAGCUGCAAAUGAACCUUCGAACAGAAAGCCUUUGAAUCGGUUGUCUGGUAGCUCCCCUGCAUUAGGAAGGGAAGAGGGAGAAGGUGAUGUUCCCCACUCAGGACACAUGGCUUUUAGCAGCCCCAUUGAAACGGAUGUUGUACCAGACGCACAACUGCUGGAGAAGUUCAGUCAAAUUUCUUCUCGUUCCUAUCAACAAUCAGAAGAAAGCAGCAGCAAGUCAUCUUUGGAGACUGUGUACAUCACUGACUUCUUUCUUGCUCUGGCAGUCUGUAAUACUGUUGUAGUUUCAGUCCCCAAUCAGCCACGCCAGAAGAUGAGACUCUCUUCGCUGGGUAGGAUGCCUAUUAAGUCACUUGAGGAAAUCAGGCAGGUGUUCCAGAGGUUGUCAGUCCGGAGACUAAGUUCCUCACCACUUCCAAGCAUAAAAGAGCCAUCAGCUGAAAGCCCCAAUAGUUUCGUGAGCAAACUCUCCCUUUUCAGAAUGAAACUGACUUCACCUGCUUUGGAUGGAGCUGCUCCAAGGGCUGCUGAGCCUCACAACACUGACAGCCCAGAAAACUCCCAGGUGCCUCAGGAACUCGAUAUGGUGAAUGUAGCUGCUGACCAUGAAGACAAAAGUGCUGCGUCAUCUAUUGAGUUGUCUCCCUUACCUAAACUGUGUUACGAAGCUGAGAGUCCAGAUGAAGCUGCCUUGGUUCAUGCAGCAAGGGCUUAUAAAUGUGUUUUACAGUCUAGGACUCCAGAUCAAGUAACUGUGGACUUUGCGGGUCUGGGGUCCUUAACAUUCCAGCUUUUGCACGUCCUGCCUUUUGAUUCAGUGCGGAAGCGGAUGUCAGUGGUGGUUCGGCAUCCGGUCUCCAAUGAAGUGGUGGUGUACACGAAAGGUGCAGACUCGGUCAUGAUGGAUUUGUUGCGAAGUGCAUCUGAAGGUACUAGUAAUUCAGAAUUGGAACAAAAGAAGAUUAAAGAGAGAACUCAGAAGCAUUUGGAUGACUAUGCCAGAAGAGGGCUGCGCACUUUGUGUAUUGCUAAGAAGGUGAUGAGUGAUGCAGAAUAUGCAGAGUGGUUAAACCAUCAUUUUCUAGCAGAAACCAGUAUUGACAAUAGGGAGGCGCUGCUACUUGAAUCUGCCAUCAAGCUUGAGUCUGAACUAACUUUGCUCGGUGCCACUGGCAUUGAGGAUCGCCUGCAGGAGGGUGUUCCAGACACAAUACAGGCAUUACGGAAAGCGGGGAUAAAAAUAUGGAUGCUGACAGGUGACAAGAGAGAGACAGCUGUCAACAUUGCCUAUGCUUGUAAACUGCUGGAACCAGAUGACAGAAUCUUCACGCUCAAAUCACAGAGCAGGGAUGCCUGUGCCUUGGUGAUGAGCAAAAUUUUAGAAGGCAUCCAGAAGAAUACUUCUGCCAAAAAAAAACCCAGCCAGAAACUUGGGAAUGUCUCUGCAAGUCUCUCCACCCAAGCUCCAGGGUUCAGUGCAGGCCUGGUUAUUGAUGGAAGGACUUUAGAGCAUGUCCUUCAUGACAGCCUGCAGAAUGCUUUCUUGGAACUCACAGAAAAGUGUCGGGCUGUGGUCUGCUGCCAAGCCACUCCACUGCAGAAGAGUGUCCUGGUCAGACUGGUACGGAAUAAGCUAAAGGCAAUGACAUUGGCUGUAGGUGAUGGUGCCAAUGAUGUCAGUAUGAUCCAGGUGGCCAACACUGGUGUGGGAAUAUCGGGCCAAGAAGGCAUGCAGGCCGUGAUGGCAAGUGACUUUGCAAUCUCUCAAUUUAAACACCUCAGGAAGCUGCUGCUUGUCCAUGGUUACUGGUGUUAUACCAGACUUACCAACAUGGUGCUUUACUAUUUCUACAAGAAUGUGGCCUAUGUGAACCUCCUGUUCUGGUACCAGUUCUUCUGUGGGUUUUCAGGCACAUCAAUGACUGACUAUUGGAUCUUGAUUCUUUUCAAUCUUCUUUUUACAUCGGUGCCACCCAUCAUUUAUGGUGUCUUGGACAAAGAUGUGCCUGCGGAGAUCCUCAUGCAGCUCCCACAGCUGUACAUGAUGAGCCAAAAAUCUGUGGCUUACUCACCUUCAACUUUCUGGAUAACCUUGCUGGAUGCUUUUUACCAAAGUCUCAUUUGCUUCUUUGUGCCUUACUUUACUUACCAUGGCUCAGACAUAGACAUUUUCUCUUUUGGAAACCCUAUAAACACAGCGGCGCUCUUCAUAAUACUGUCUCACCUUCUCAUUGAGUGCAAAUCGAUGACUUGGAUACAUACAGUAGUUAUAGUUGGCAGCAUCCUCUUCUAUUUUUUCUUCACUCUGGCUUUUGGAGCAACCUGCAAAACUCGCAACCCACCAUCAAAUCCUUACUGGAUCAUGGAGAAGCACAUGACAGACCCAGUAUUUUACUUAGUUUGCCUCCUGACUACUUGUGUUGCAUUGCUACCCAGAUAUUUGCUGAGAGCUCUCCAAGGAACAUUGUUUCCGUCUCCAGCGUUGAGAGCCAAGCACCUUGACAGACUGACCCCUGAGGAGCAGAGGGAAGCAACUAAGAGACGGAAAGAUGAGUGCGGUGUGAACUGUAGGAUGGAGUUCCAGGCCACAUCUGGGUCUUCCAGCUCAGCCACAGGUGCCGUAUCAGAGGAAGACAGUGUGGCCAGUGUUUUGCCAACCUCUAAAACAUCUUUUCAGGCCUCUUCAAAAGAUGGGUUGGCAGAGGACACCUCCUUCUUAGCAGACGUUCAGGAUGAGCCUGGGAAUACAAAUGGCUUGAACUCUGAAGAGACAGUACUUCUGAGUUCAUCAAAUGAAACUCAUUUGGACACAUUUGGUGGUAAUAAUUCACAUGCCAAAGUCUCUGCAUGUGCUUUUGAAGAUGGCAGCAGUGGUUCUCUAGAGCACAAAGCAGGUUUGAGUUCUGGUUUGUGUGAAGAAGAUGUUUUAGCGUGUUUUGCAAAGUUGGAAUGCUAA